AUGGGGAGCAUCCACCUCAUGAUGAUGAACACAUUGAGGAUGAUGAUCAACAUGCCGGUGGCGGUGGUGGUGGUCGUGGCCGAGGAUUCGCUGCUGGUUUUGAUAACUUUGCAGGUGGCCGUGACCGAGGAUUUGCUGCUGGUUUUGGUCGUGCACGACGUGUUCCUGUUGGGCAUCCUCCUGAUCUUGAUGCUGAAACAUUUUCAAAUUAUAGUGCUGAACAUGGAGGUGAUCCUUAUGGUCGCCGUGGUGCAUAUGAUGAUCAUGGUGGUGAUAACUUUGGCCGUUUUGGAGCCCGUGGUCGUUAUGGUGAUCACCGUCGACGUCAUCAUGAACGACAUCACAAUGAUGAUGCCACGUCGCCAUCCACAUCCGUACCAUAUGCAAUGGCUGAAUAAUUCCGGGACAGUUAAGGUUUCAGCCAUGAUUCGUUUGUCAUUUUCCAUUGGUGAUUAUCAUGGAGAGGUGGAUUGUGAUAUUGUCCCCAUGCAAGCAUGCCAUUUGCUGCUUGGUCGGCCCUGGCAAUUUGAUGUGGACUCAGUGCAUUUUGGACGGUCUAACAAAUACACUUUCAUUCACAAUGACAAGAAGGUGGUUCUUGUUCCAUUAUCUCCAGAGGAGAUACAUACUUCAGAUAUGGCUCGCAAGAAAAGAGAGGAAUCAGACAAAAGAAAAUUGAGUGAGACCCCCAACCCAAGUAAGGGAGAGAGUUCUAACCCAUCCAGCCACAUAAAGCCUCAUGCCAAUCCUAAACAGCCACGCCACACUGAGUGCCUCUUUGUGAGCAAGAGUGAUUUGAGAGAAGUGAGAAACACCACAGCCCCAUUCUUUGUGCUCUUGCACAAGGAGGUCCUACUUUCAACUCACGAUUUACCUUCAUUGCUGCCUAGUGUUGUUCUUGAUCUCUUACAGGACUUCGAAGAUGUUUUUCCUGAUGAGAUACCAGCUGGACUUCCUCCACUCUGUGGAAUUGAGCAUCAAAUUGAUUUGGUACCAGGUGCUUCGCUUCCAAAUCGUCCAGCCUACCGCACCAAUCCUGAAGAAACAAAGGAAAUUCAGAGACAGGUAAAAGAGCUUUUGGACAAAGGGUAUGUUCGUGAAUCCUUAUCACCAUGUGCAGUUCCCGUUCUUUUAGUCCCAAAGAAAGAUGGCUCUUGGCGUAUGUGUGUUGAUUGUCGUGCUAUCAAUGCUAUAACUGUUCGAUAUCGCCAUCCCAUUCCACGACUUGAUGACAUGUUAGAUGAAUUGAGUGGUUCUAUCAUUUUCACCAAAAUAGAUUUGCGUAGUGGUUAUCAUCAAAUCCGCAUGAAACUUGGUGAUGAAUGGAAAACAGCGUUUAAAACUAAAUUUGGUCUCUAUGAAUGGCUUGUGAUGCCAUUUGGCUUGACAAAUGCUCCUUCAACUUUUAUGCGCUUAAUGAAUCAUGUUUUACGAGCUUUCAUUGGCAAGUUUGUUGUUGUUUAUUUUGAUGAUAUUCUGAUCUAUAGCAAAUCAUUUGAUGAACAUCUUGAU